AUGACCGAACUCAGCGAAAUGGCGCAGGACCCCGGAUGGGAGUUCCUGCGGCAAAGUCCCGAAUUGGCCGCUCAGGACCAAGCGAAGCCUUAUGACAGCAAGAAGAACUGUUGGAUUCCGGACGCUGCCGAGGGCUUCAUCGCGGCCGAAAUAAAAAGCACCAAAGGCGAUUUAGUGACCGUCGUUAACGCCAAAGGAAAUGAGGUAACGCUGAAGAAGGAGUUGGUGCAGGAAAUGAACCCUCCAAAAUUCGAAAAGACUGAAGAUAUGGCAAACCUGACCUUUCUGAAUGAAGCUAGCGUGCUGAACAACUUGAAACAGCGCUACUAUUCAAUGAUGAUCUAUACAUAUUCGGGCUUGUUCUGCGUCGUGAUUAACCCAUAUAAGAGGCUGCCAAUAUAUACGGAGUCUGUUAUUAAAAUGUACAUGGGCAAACGACGAAACGAAAUGCCGCCGCACUUGUUCGCCACUUCCGACGAAGCGUACCGCAAUAUGUGCCAAUGUCGCGAAAACCAGAGUAUGUUGAUUACUGGAGAAUCCGGUGCAGGAAAGACUGAAAAUACCAAGAAAGUCAUUGCGUACUUCGCUAUUGUUGGAGCAACGCAGGCGGCUAUGGCAGCAAAGGCUUCUGGAGGCGACGAACCGAAGAAGAAGAAAGCGACACUGGAGGAACAGAUAGUGCAGACGAACCCAGUGCUGGAAGCGUUCGGUAAUGCUAAAACCGUCCGAAACAAUAAUUCAUCUCGCUUUGGUAAGUUCAUUCGAGUCCACUUCAGCAAGAACGGCAAACUGGCUGGUGGUGACAUCGAACACUACCUGCUCGAAAAGUCACGUGUCAUCCGUCAGGCCUCCGGGGAGCGAUGCUUUCACAUAUUCUACCAGAUCAUGUCCGGCCAACUGAAAGAACUGCGAAAGAUGCUGAAACUGACCAAAGAUCUGCGAUACUACCACUUCGUCUCGCAAGCCGAGCUGACCAUCGACGGCGUCGACGACAAAGAAGAAAUGAAAGUCACAGACGAAUCGUUUGACAUUAUGGGUUUCGAACAAGAAGAAAAAGACAACUUAUUCAAAUUAUGUGCUGCUAUCAUGCACAUGGGCGAAAUGAAGUUCAAGCAGCGACCGCGAGAGGAACAAGCUGAGGUCGACACUACAGAAGAUGCUGAAAAUGCUUGCUUCAACUUUGGAAUAAGUCAUGAAGAUUUCGUCAAAGCUUUGAUCAAGCCACGUGUGCGAGUGGGCAACGAAUGGGUUAACAAGGGUCAAAACUUAGACCAGGUUCACUGGGCUGUUGGGGCCUUAGCCAAAGCGAUUUAUGCCCGCAUGUUCCACUGGCUCAUCAAGCGGUGCAACAAAACGUUGGAUGUGCAGGAAGCAGAACGCAAGUACUUCAUUGGUGUACUGGACAUAGCAGGAUUCGAAAUCUUCGACUUCAACUCGUUCGAACAACUGUGGAUCAACUUUGUCAAUGAACGAUUGCAGCAGUUCUUCAAUCACCAUAUGUUCGUGUUAGAACAAGAAGAAUAUAAACGCGAGGGUAUUAAAUGGGAAUUUAUUGACUUUGGUCUCGACUUGCAGGCCUGCAUCGAGCUACUGGAAAAGCCUCUUGGUAUCAUAUCCAUGCUGGAUGAAGAGUGCAUCGUUCCUAAAGCCUCAGAUAUGACAUUUGUGCAGAAGUUGAAUGAUCAGCAUUUGGGCAAACAUCCAAACUUCCAGAAGCCAAAGCCGCCAAAGGGAAAACAAUCUGAGGCGCACUUCACAUUGGUUCACUACGCCGGAUCUGUGCGCUACAACGUGACCAACUGGUUGGAAAAGAACAAAGACCCACUGAACGACACUGCUGUAGCUUGCCUAAAACAUGGACCGACUAACAAGCUGGUGCUGGAAAUCUGGGAGGACUACCAGACCCAGGAAGAAACUGCGGAAAUCAUUAAAGCUGGUCAAGGCAAAAAGAAGGGCAAAGCUUCAUCGUUCUUGACCGUUUCAAUGAUGUACAGGGAGAGUCUGAAUAAACUGAUGAACAUGUUGAACACAACUCAUCCUCAUUUCAUUCGUUGCAUUAUUCCCAAUGAACAAAAGAAAAGCGGUGUGAUCGAAGCUGGGUUGGUUUUGAACCAGCUGACCUGCAACGGUGUACUGGAAGGCAUUCGUAUCUGUCGUAAAGGUUUUCCAAACAGAGUUGUGUAUUCUGACUUCAGACACAGAUAUGCUCUUUUGGCCAGCGACGAAGCGCAUUCCAGUGAUGAUCCGAAAGUGGCCAGUGAAAAAAUGAUCGAUAAAAUGAUAGUUAACAAGUUGUUCAGCGAUGAAGAACACAGGAUUGGACUGAACAAGGUAUUCUUCAAAGCUGGCGUUUUGGCCAGACUCGAAGACGCACGUGAUCAGAAACUGGGAGAAAUUGUAACAGGAUUCCAGGCAAAGAUUCGCUGGUACUUAGCUAAGAUUGACGUGAAGAGGCGUGAAGAACAACGAACGGGCUUGCUGAUCAUCCAGAGGAAUGUAAGAACAUGGCUGCAGCUCCGCAACUGGCAAUGGUUUAAACUUUAUGGCAAGGUCAAACCUAUGCUUCGCUCCACUAAAAUGGAGGAAGAAAUGCAGAAACUGGAGGAUAAAAUCAAAGACUUAGAAACUAACUUAGCAACCGAAUCCAACUCACGCAAGGACCUUGAAGACAAAUUAGCCAAAAUGAUUCAGGAAAAGAAUGAUCUUUUCAGUCAGCUGCAAAGCGAGCGUGGCAACGUGAGUUCAUCGGAGGAAAAGAUUCAGAAAUUGUCUUCUCAGAAGACUGACCUUGAACGACAAUUGCAGGUUUCUGAUGACAAUUUAGUAAACUUGAAUAACACUGAAUUUCAGGAGAUUACCGAUAAACUGGGCAAUGAAGAAGAUAGGACUUCGGAGUUGCAAAAGGCAAAGAAAAAGCUUGAACAAGACAUUGAAAAUUUACUGCGCAAAAUUCAAGACUUAGAGUUGAGCCUGCGCAAAGCUGAGUCAGAGAAACAGUCCAAGGACAACCAGGUUCACAGUUUGCAAGACGAGAUGCUAAACCAAGACGAAGCUAUUGCCCGGGUCACGAAAGAGAAGAAACAGCAAGAGGAAAUUAACCGAAAACUUAUGGAUGACUUACAAGCAGAAGAGGACAAGGUUAACCACCUGAAUAAAAUCAAGGCCAAGCUUGAACAGCAAUUGGAUGACCUAGAAGACAAUCUGGAACGUGAAAAGCGCAACCGUCAGGAUCAAGAAAAGGCCAAGAGGAAGACAGAAGGUGACCUGCGGGUAAGCAGUGAAAACAUCGAAGAACUGAACAAACAGAAGCAUGAUCUGGAAAACAAUAUGAAAAAGAAAGAACAAGAAAUGCAGGCGGUAAUGAGCAAACUCGAAGAUGAACAGAGUUUGGUGGCCAGGCUGCAGAAGCAAAUCAAGGAAUUGCAAACUCGCAUUCAGGAGAUGGAAGACGAACUCGAACAAGAACGCCAAGCCCGUGCAAAGUCUGAAAAAGUUCGCGGCGAUGUCCAGCGACAGCUGGAAGAGCUGAAUGAACGUUUGGAUGAAGCCGGGGGAGCUACGGCAGCCCAGAUGGAAAUGAACAAAAAGCGGGAAGCUGAGCUGGCUAAACUGAGACGUGACCUUGAAGAAGCAAACAUGAACCACGAAAGCCAGCUUGGGGCCCUCAGAAAGAAGCACAACGACGCCAUUGCCGAAAUGACCGACCAGCUGGAGCAGCUGCAAAAGGCGAAGGCGAAGAGCGAUAAGGAAAAGGCAGAAUUGCAGAGGGAAAACGAGGACAUUCACGCGGCAGUGGAACAAGAGAGUAAAGCCAGACAAGAAGUUGACCGAAUUUCCAAGCAACUCGAACUUCAAAACAGAAUGUCCAGCGAAAACGCUGACCUCAUAAGGCAAAUUGAAGAUGCAGAAUCUCAAAUCAAUGGCCUUACCCGCCUCAAGUCUCAGUAUCAAACUCAGCUUGAAGAAGCCAAGCAUACAGCUGACGAAGAGACGCGAGAAAGGCACAACCUAACGGCUCAGCUAAAGAACAUGGAGCAUGAAAAUGAAUCCCUUAACGAACAGCUAGAAGAAGAAGGCGAAGCCAAAGCUGAAUUGCAGAGGCAGAUCUCAAAACUCAACGCCGAAAUUCAACAGUGGAAGGCUAAAUAUGAAAACGAAGGCUUAGCUAAAGUAGAUGAAAUCGAAGAAGCGAAGCGCAAACUGACACAGAAAGUGCAAGAAAUGCAGGAAGCGUUCGAAAGUGCGAAUGGCAAGAUUGCGUCGCUCGAAAAGAUGCGCCACAAACUUCUAGGCGAUCUAGACGAUGCACAGGUGGACGUUGAACGGGCUAAUACAUACGCAGCUCAGUUAGAGAAGAAACAAAAGGGGUUCGACAAGAUAAUCGAUGAGUGGCACAAGAAAUGCGAUGAUCUGUCUGCAGAAUUAGACGCGAGUCAGAGAGAAAACCGCAAUCUCAGCACAGAAUGCUUCAAGCUGAAGAACGUUCAGGACGAAAUGACUGAGCAGCUGGAAGCUCUGCGCAGGGAAAAUAAGAAUCUCAGCCAAGAAAUCAAGGACUUCACUGAUCAACUCAGCGAGGGAGGCCGUUCUGUUCACGAAUUGCAGAAGGUUGUGAGGCGCCUGGAAUUGGAGAAGGAAGAACUACAGCAAGCCCUUGACGAAGCCGAAGCCGCACUGGAAGCUGAGGAAAGCAAAGUGAUGCGUGCUCAAGUCGAAGUUUCUCAGAUUCGUCAAGAAAUUGAGAAGCGAAUACGCGAAAAGGAAGAGGAGUUCGAAAAUACACGCAAAAAUCACCAAAGAGCGUUGGAUUCCAUGCAAGCAACGUUAGAGUCAGAAGCGAAGGGACGAGCCGAAGCUCUGCGUCUGAAGAAGAAACUCGAGUCAGACAUAAACGAGUUAGAAAUUGCACUUGAUCACGCGAACAGGGCGAACGCUGACGCGCAGAAGAACAUCAAGCUCUACCAGGAACAGGUGAAGGAACUGCAGGUGCAGAUUGAAGAUGAGCAACGACAGAGGGACGAACUCAGAGAACAGUUACAAGUUUCUGAAAAACGCUGUGCGAUGUUGCAAGGAGAAAAGGAGGAACUAAUGAGCGCCGCUGAACAGGCGGAACGUGGCCGACGACAGGCUGAAGCGGAACUAAUCGAACAACGCGAACAGGUGAACGAUCUGUCGUCACAGAACGCGUCACUAAGUGCCAUCAAAAGAAAGAUGGAGAGCGAGCUACAAGCGUUGCAUUCUGAAUUAGACGAUUCGUUGAACGAAAUGAAAAAGCUGGACGAACAGAGCAAAAACGCAAUGGCCGAUGCUGCUCGUCUUGCGGAGGAACUUCGUCAAGAGCAGGAGCACAGCGUUCAUGUUGAACGCAUGCGCAAAGGCCUAGAACAGCAGAUCAAGGUCUACAUCAGGGACGAUUUUGUUCAAAUUCGAGAAGUCGAACAGGAACUUGAUGCUGAACAACGACGGCACCAAGAAACUGAAAAAAAUAUGCGUAAGCAAGAUCGACGUAUAAAGGAACUGGAAUUUACGCUUGAAGAGGACAAGAAGAAUCAGGAGAGAAUGGCAGAUCUAGUAGAUAAAUUACAGCAGAAACUGAAGACGUACAAACGUCAAAUCGAAGAGGCGGAAGAGGUAGCGGCUACAAAUUUGGCUAAAUACCGACAGCUUCAGCAGCAGAUGGAAGAUGCCGAAGAAAGAGCCGAUAUUGCUGAGAAUUCCUUGGCGAAAUUACGAGCUAAGAAUCGAAGCACCGUUUCAAUGGGACCAUUGUCAAGCCAAAUGUCGAUGUCGCACUCAGUAAGAUUUUCUGGUCAUAGCAAUUCGGUUUAA